AUGUCUUCAGCCGCUCUUAAGCGCAAGUCGGCAGAUUCUUGCCAGGAGCCGACGGCUAAGCGCCACCAUCUUCAUGGAUACGAUCCGCAGACCCCAUGGCUACACGAGUCAGAGCCUGCCGGGAUAUGGCGCACACGGGGGAAUCCCAAUGUACAGCACUCGAUGCCCCUAUCAAACAUGGUGUCUGCCGUCCAGGACCUGAUCGACCCGGACUUUGACCCACUGACGGCGAUGCUGAACGACGAGCCACAGUUUUUAAAACCCUUACCUGCUCGCAUCGCCCCGGAGGACUUGGAGUUCUUGCGAUUUCGUGGUGCCCUCUCACUUCCAGAGAGUGGGUUGCGGGAUGAGCUUCUCCGCUGCUACAUCCAAUGGGUGCACAGUUUCAUGCCAGUUUUGAACUUGCAAGAAUUCCUACGAUGUGUGGCUGAAAAUGACCCGGAGGGAAAUAUUAGCAUACUACUAUUUCAGGCGGUUAUGUUUGUUGGUACGGCUUUCGUCGACCUCAAACAUUUGCAGGAUGCCGGGUAUCCAACCCGGAAAAGUGCGCGUAAUGCGUUCUUUACUCGCUUAAGGUUACUCUAUUCUCUCGACUGUGAAGAGGAUCGCAUCGAGAUUCUCCAAACACUCCUAUUGAUGACCUACUGGUCUGAUUCGGAGAACAGUCCACAACGAGAUAUUUGGGAUUGGAUUGGAGUCUGUAACACACAAGCACAGUCGAUCGGGUUAAACAAAGACCCUGCAUCAGGCGAAAUUGAUAUACGGACUCGAAGGCUCCGUUCUCGGCUCUGGUGGUGUCUAUACUCUCGGGAUCGGCUGAUCGCUAUGGGUAUGCGGCGCCCGCUUCAGGUUAACGAUGGAACGAGCAGUGUCCCGAUGCUCAGACUGGACGAUUUUGAUUUCGAACCUUUUUCUCCAUAUGUGGUGGCCAAGUUCUAUUGCCGCCAACUCCAAGAUGUCUCACAUCAGAAACGCCUCGCCACCAUGUUCAUCGAGAAGGUGAAGCUCUGUCAAUGUAUUGGUAGGGUAUUAUUCGCUCAAUAUACACCAUCUCAGCGCCAAUUUGGAGCUACAAACCGGACUACGGUGACACUUAUCCCUCGACAGGCUUCCGAGUCUGAGUUUGCGCGGUGUGGUCAGAAACUUGACUCGUGGCUUAGUGCGCUCCCUAAAGAUGCACAAUUCGUCCCUAAGUCGGGGAAGAAUUUCCAUGAUGGCGAGGAUGUACUGCUGCUUCAUGGUGCGAUGCUACGUAUGCUCUACCACGCUACCAGCAGCGCACUUCACCGGCCUCGGGCGAUCGCUUCAAAAGAUCAAUCUCAAUCGCGGACGGACUGGCGCAAUGCUGCCCGUACAAAAAUGAACGAUGCUGCUGCGGGGAUCACACAUAUUAUUCAAGGGUUAAAUCAUCUCAACCUGACAAGGUUUCUACCGCAGUCUGGAGUGACUGUGAUUCUACCUGCCGCCGUGGCGCAUUUAACCAACACCAUGUCCGAAGACCCCGCUGUCCGCGAAAGCAGUGUCGACAGUUUCCAUCGUUGUAUCCAAGUGCUCCACUGUCUUAAGGAUAUCUAUCCAGCUGCCGGUCAAGAGUUCGCCAAUAUUGAGGCCGCCAUCAAAAUGCAGGCAGGUGCCUCCAGUACAUUCUUCCAGGUCAUGGAAUACAACCUCGAUGCCCCUGCCACAUCUUUGGCGACCAGAAAACCAAGCAAUGCCACCUCCACCUCUCAACCCCAACCACAUCCAACUGUUACUGCAACCGAGACUUCAAAGCAGCCAUCACGAACCCCAUCUACGCAAGAGAACAUGCAUCUAAGAAAACCCAGCAAGGAAACCACAUAUGAAACCGCGCCACCUUUAUUCCCUAAUGAUUUCGAUCAUUAUUCCGACCUUGGCAUUAUAGACAACAAUCCUUUCAACUUUCUCUCCAUCGACAUCGAUUCCUUUUCCGACAUUCAAACACCUCCCAAUCCAAUGAAGCCAAACAACGCAGAUAAACCCUAUAUAUCACCACCACCCCAAGACCAAGACACCGUCGACUGGGCACAAGAGCUGUUCCAAGACACCGAUCUGAACCAGUUCCGUAACACUGAGCCCUUUGGCAAGCCCGAAAAGACGACUCCUCCACUAGAUCAAGAUCAGAACCAUCACGAUCCAUUCUCUUUUACUUUGAAUGAUGCAGAUGACGUUGGCCCAGUGCAUCCCCGUCAUCAGUCAAUGAAUGAAGCAAGAUCUGAGAUCACUGGCGAUUUGGAUCGAGACUUGGGGUUCCAGUCUGAGGAUGACAUGUUCUAG